CUGAAUUCUGGAGAGCCACGGGCCCCUGGGAGGCAGCCGCCAGCGAUCCGAGCUGCUAGCGGGAGUCGCACAGGCAGUGCCAUCCUGCUGGAGCCUGCAGUCCUCCCCCGGCUCUGUGUGGCAGUGCGCAUCAUCUGUCAGAGUGCCCCCUCCCCUCCCUCUGCUUCCCCACCCCCUCCUCCGCUGCUCGGGCUGCUUGCUUGCUCUUCUCCCUUUCAUGAGAUGCAGAGCCUGGAGAGGAGGAGAGCCAGCGGGAGCAGGGUGCUGCAGACGCUGUGCUAGGGCACCAGGUGAGCUGGGCACCUUCUGCCACCCUCUCCCAGGUACCGGGAGAAGUGGCUGACUUUCAUUCAGGGCUUCACCGACCCAUGCCCAGCUGGGGCCCGUGCCAGCCACACUUGCCCAGCUGCGCUGCCCACCGCCAGACAGGUGAUGCUGACGCUGCUGGUCUGGGGACCACACUUGGAGAACCACUGUACUAGGGCAAACAGACAGAGAGUCUUCCCUCUGGAACUGAAGCAGGCAGUGUGAAGAUCCAUGUGGAGCUCCAUAGCCCGCAGCCUCUCUGAUCAUCUAGUUGGCAAAGACCCGCAGGCCAUGAGGACUGGCCAAAGACAGUGACAGGACGAGGAAGGGUAGAUCCCUGAGCCCCGCAGUCUUAUUUCCUGCCCUGACGUCCCUGCAAACCAGCCCAAGUGUUAACCAUAAGCGGAUGCCUGUAUGGCUGCCUUACUGAUGCCACGCAGGAACAAAGGGAUGAGGACUCGACUGGGAUGCCUGUCUCACAAGUCAGACUCGUGUAGUGAUUUCACAGCUAUUCUUCCCGACAAACCCAACCGUGCUCUCAAGAGACUAUCCACAGAAGAAGCUACGAGGUGGGCAGACUCCUUUGACGUGCUUCUCUCCCACAAGUAUGGGGUGGCUGCCUUCCGCGCCUUCCUGAAGACGGAGUUCAGCGAGGAGAACCUGGAGUUCUGGUUGGCCUGUGAGGAGUUUAAGAAAACCAGGUCAACUGCAAAACUGGUCUCCAAGGCCCAUAGGAUCUUUGAGGAGUUUGUGGAUGUGCAGGCCCCGCGGGAGGUGAACAUCGACUUUCAGACCCGAGAAGCCACAAGGAAGAACAUGCAGGAGCCAUCCCUGACUUGCUUUGACCAAGCCCAGGGAAAAGUACAUAGCCUCAUGGAAAAAGACUCUUACCCCAGGUUCCUGAGGUCCAAAAUGUACUUAGAUUUGCUGUCCCAAAGCCAGAGGAGGCUCAGUUAGACCUCAGAUGAGGACUCUUGGAAAUCACUGGCUUUCCCCUCCCCUUGCUGCCAAGACCAUACUCUAAUGUGAAAUGUUGUAGGUGUUCAAAAGUGGUGGUAUUCAAGGUGGGAGGCUAGGGGUGAGGAGAGGAGAGAGGGCCACUCCAAAGUAUGGCUCAGCUGCCGGAACUCGGACUCUAUUUCCUGUACCCACGUCUGUGUUUUGGUUAGUGGUAGCACCUUGCAGCUCUUACCUUUCUCUGGGUCAGCAACUUGCCCUUCAUAAUGCCUUGGGCCAUCUCCGCUGAGAAGGCAGAUUCGCUGUGCUAGGCUAAUCUGUAAAUAAUGCAAAUGCAAUUUGCACACCCACCACACCCUCCUCAGUUAGGAUUCCUAACUCUCCCCUUGUCUUAUACUCCUUGAAGGAACAGCUGGAAGACAGGCUCACAUUUGUGAUUUGCUGUCCUAGUGUAAUGGCCAUUCCCAUGUGCUAGGACCUCACAGCUUAGGAGAGAGGCUUCUGUGGAAGGUUUCUAGUGCUGUCACUGACUGGUGGUGUCGGGGAGAGAGGAUGGACUCCAUGGAGCGGGCUGUUUCUCCCAUUCCCGUUGGACCAGUGUGAAAAGCUGUGCCCAUCUUAGCCUAGGAAGUUGACAAGAUUUCGCUACCCUUACAUUUCCAGCAAGGGUCUUAGGAGCUGUCCUUCAUGACUUCUGAAGUAGAGCUGCCAUUAAGAAAGACACAGCUUUGCAAACCUUCAUCAGUUCUACUUUUCCAGAAAUCAAAUGACCAGGGAAUGUAGCACCAGGAGACUUUUGUGCAGUGGGGCCCUGUAUAACCUAUCUGUUGCUCAACGUCUUCUCCACCCUCGCCUCGCUGUGGCAUCACACGCCAUUGCUCUAUGAUAGACAGCUCGGCACAAGGAGGUGAAAUCCCCAUAGCAUGGACAGCUCUCACGGUGCCUAACACUUUCCCUGCCCCUCCACCUCCCCCCUUCCAUGCAGGUCAUGUAAUUAUAAUCGGAGGGGGGAUGGGAAUUUGGGCUGAAACUCUCGUUCCAGCUGGCUUCCUGGGAACGUGCUUUCUUAGAAAGGUCCCUCUCUUGGCUCUCACAAAGCAGCUUCCUUCUCCAUCAUUGACCUUUUGGGAUUGAGCAUGAAAUAGGAAGCAUGGCUAAGAAGAUCACUGUGAACAUUUGGCUGUGGAGAACAUUCCUAAAAUACUUUCAUGGUACUCUGGGGCUGCUCUUGGAAAUGUGUUAGACAACUUUUCCUUGGAGGAUAAGUGAGCUUCCUGGAACCUACUCUUGCUACCCAGGAAGAAGCUGAAUUUUGCACAGGAGCAAUGCCAAGGUGAUGAAUCCCCAGAAUAGAGACCAGAAAGUGGAAGAAAGGCCUAGAAGAGGCCAGUGUCCAGGUGGACUGAAUCACAGAGAAAGUGGUGGGGGUAUUAUUGGGAUGAUUCAUGGCCAAUGGAUCUGGAUUCGUUGCAGAUCUACAAAAACUUCCACUUGAUUCUUUGAAACAGCACAUGAGCUCUGAAGUGCAGGUGAUUGGAAACUGGGUUGAAGCACUCUCCUAUGUGCGGUGAUGGACCUUUAAGAUUACACUGGUGUUCCAGUGCUUGCAUUCCUUUCCAGUAACUUUAGAAUCUCUUCCUUCCUUGGCUACAGCUAGAAAAGGCCAAGAAGGCCCUUGAUACCUCCUCUUAGUGUCAGGGGUCGCUGUCCUGCCACGGCCCAUUGAUCCCCGUGAGUGAGGCUUGGCAUGACCGUGUGAACGUCAAGGCGGGGGAGGAACACCUGCCCCCCUGCCCUCACACGGAGGACACCUGUGGUUUUUCACCCUAAAACUCCCAAGCCUCAAAUGGUGUUCCUAGUUAGAUCAGGUAGUAUCCCCCCACCCUGGUUAAAAAACAAAACAAAACGAAAAACCAUUUUUAGCUAAGGCUGCCAGAAUUAAUUUAAUGAUUAAAUUCUCUAACAGGGUAUUUUAAACAUUGUUUACAUACAAAAUGUGCAUCUGCUGCCAACUCUACUGUGGCUGUGAGGUGUGUAUAAGGUGGAAGCGCACAAAGCCGUGGAGCUGUGCGACCUUCUGAGAGGGGCCUUUUCACCACUUCCACUCUCCCAAGGAGAAGCGUCUGAACAAGAGUGUUGUGUGGUGGACUCCUUCGGGGCCUGGAGUUCUGGCCAACUACUGGCAAAACAAAGGCUGCAGAUGGUGGUGUCAUGGCGCCCUGGCGACUUCUUCCCCCGACGGGGAGGUGUGAAGGACCAAGCUUGGGUAUCCUGAGUUCUGCAGCUAAGCGAGGGUGUGUGGGCGCGUGUCCGUGUGUAGAUGAACGUGAUGGCUAAAUUUAUGGUACUCUUGUGGAGCGGCUCUCUGUGUCUGUGCGUGUGUGACAGCUGUGAGCGUUAGACUAGAACUCCGCAGACACCAUCUUCCCCUGGGGUGGAGCUUUCCUCACCCCCUUUAUGCCCUGCUUCCCACAAGAGGCACAGAGCUCUCUGCUCUGAUGCCUACUUUUAGGCACUUUGGUCACGCCAGCCCAGAUUUUGGUCUGUGAUAAAACAAAGAGAAAUGUUUACAACAUCUAGAGCAAUAUCAAAGUAUACCUCAUCCCGACCUUCCAUGUCUCCUGGUCCUGCCCUCACUCCCAUCUCCUCUUCCACAAGCCCGCACCCACCUCACUAGGUCAGCAUCCACACGUGCCACUUCCAUCCGCUGUCUUCCUCUGCUGCCUGUGCAGGGCUUGUGCUGUGGACUGCCUUGUGGACAUGAGAUUGCUGUGGUCCUGGGGCCUGUGCAGGCUCAUGGCAAGCCAGGGCAGUAGUUUGGGAAGAGCUAUGUCUUUCAGAACUGCUCUUCAUCCCCGAGCAGCCUUUGGAGUGCUAACCUGUUUGGGCUGGUGUGAGAUUCACUGUUCCUCUUGGCUUGGCAAACAAAAUAGAACAAAGUCAGCAUGAACCAUUUGCAGCCUUGGGCACCUCUGGGGUGAGAAAGAAUCCUCUGAGCCGGGAGCCUGUUGUAAGUGUGAAUUUCCAGGUUCCACACCCAGAGAUGCUCAUCUGAUAGGCCUGGGAAGGGGACCAGAAAUCUGUAUUUUGAAUAAACUCCUAGAUGGGUAGUGAGUAGUGUGUGGACUUUGAUAAAAGUUGGUUUAAGACAGUGACUCUCAACCCUGACUUCUCAUUAGCACCAUCAGGGGAAUUUAAAAAACCCAAAUGUCCAGGUCUUACCCUAAAACGGCUACAUCAGAAGCUCUUUGUUAGGGACCUGGUAUCUGUAGUUUUUAAAGCUCUGCAGGCGAUUCCAUCAUGCAGAUGGGCUUAGGAAACACAGGGUGAGACGGGAGGAUCACAGCUGUGAGGGCCAAGCAGGCUAGAGCACAUCCAGCUGCAAACAAGCACAGUAACUAGGAGCCCACUAGCCCUGGAGUGGGACUCUCAGGAUGCUGCCUCUCUCUUCUCAGUCUGACUAGCUCCUCUGAGAUAAAAGCCUCUGGGCCAGAGCUAUGUGUGUUGUUUGACAGCAGGUAUGCUGAGGGGUCCUUGAUCACGAGAUGCUCUGCUAUGCUUUCUGAGUCUUGUUGCUCUAAGCCUGCCUCCCUGUCAGUUUUCAUGUGUUCUUGUGUUUGGCCAUUUGUCGUUAGGCUGUGUUGUGGAUGCCUCUGUACCCAAGGCCAUGCAACAAGGUAGUUGGAACUCAGGUGGUGAGUGAAGAGUGUUAAGAGUAGUAACAUAACAAUUUCCAAAUUUCACAGUGGAGGGCGUCACAUCCUGGGGAUAUCAAGAGUUCUGUGGUCUUUCUCAGGCCACAGUGUGGUUUUGGCCUCUGCUUCAAGCCCUGACCAUUCCCUCUCUGGUCCCAGGCUGGGUGGGCUGCUGGGAAGUUCCUAGUUGAUUUUACUCUCCGGUGCUCUCCCCAGAACUCGCUGCUCUGAAUAAACCAAAGCUGUGAAAGGGCCUUCUGUGCUGGCUGCUGGCCCAGCGCAGGGUAUAGGCCCUGGGCUCUUCUCCUGGCAGGGCCGACUGUCUGCCUGUGUGGGUGGAGAAGCUGGCUCUGGUGUAAGGGAAGGUGCGAACCUGCUAUGCUGAGAGCUGGGGGAGGGUGGGCACAGGGAAAGCUGGAGAGGACAGAGUGGGCAUGAGAUACCAGCCACUAAGGUGGUAUCUGGUUCUCUAAGGCCCAGAGGGGAAGGGGGAAAGUGGCCCAUGCAGAGGCCGGAGGUCUCCCCUAGGCAAGAGUGCCCGGAGCUCUCCUGACCCUCUCUGUGCCCAUUUUCAAGCGAGUCUGAGGAAUUAGUUUUCCACCCCCAGCUGUCCUUCAAUCUGCAUUCCUCUGGGUUGGAAUCACCCCAGAGGUGGCAAGGAUGCUCCUGGCACUAAGAGCCUGUGCCUCUGUGUCACUUGGCAUGAGAUUGUGGAGGAAGAAGCCAAGAGCAGAGAUGUCUUCCUGUCCCAGUGGCCUCUUAGGACUCCCCAAGAUGCUGCGGACUGAGAUGGGAGACUUUAGGAUGGGCCAUGGGCCUUCUAGGUUGGGGUCCGGUCCUCUCAAUAAACUGGUCCUUUUUUGAUUCUUAUUCCCUUUUGCUCCUCCGGCUCCCUUCCCUCUGCCAGGUGUGGAAAAGGUGGCUGGGCUCGGCACACGCUCCAAUCCUGGUAGCAUUAGCUGAGUCACGCGGUGAGCACAACAGAUCUGUAGCAGAUCAUCUGCCGUAUAAACCACUUGGCUGAUGGGAGUCCUCAUUGAGUUGUUUCAUUACCGUGCAAAGUGGAAUAAUGUCAUUCACCUUUACUCUAAACAAGGCUGUGAGAACAUAAUAAACAGAACCUGAACAAGC